CAAAUGACAAGUGGGUUGUACAGUUAAUUAUCUUUUCCUCUCCGUUUUCCAUUUCCAUCUCUCUCUCCAUUCACGAACCACAACACAACAAAGGAAAAUUCCUCUUCAAUCCAUCUCCAGCGUGAAUUAGGAUUAUAAAAAAUCUACAGUGAAAAAACACCGGAUACCCAGGGGACUGUAGUGGUGAUACCUUGAUACUGAAACUGAGAGAAUUGCACUUUUCUCUUUCCUCAAUCCUCAUACUCCUUGUUCUUUAUCUCUCUUCCCUUAAACCCAGAUUUUCUUUUUUGAAGUUUUUCCAUGGCGUCCAGACCCAGAAUUCUUAUCUGGGUCGCCUUCUUUUUUUUCUUUGAGUUCGUAUUUUGUGAAUCUGUUAUUGACCCAGAUGCUCCGGAGUGUACCAACCGCUGGAUCCACAUCAGACGGCUUCCAACUCGCUUCAAUCUUGAUCUGCUCACCAACUGCUCUGAAUACCCUGUUUUUGAUGACUUCUGCCCUUACUUAGCCAACCAUGGUCUCGGCCAAAAGACCCAUAACAAUUCUCAUAGCUGGUACCGCACCGAUCCUUUGAUGCUUGAGCUCGUUUUCCAUCGACGGAUGCUUGAAUACCCAUGUCUCACCUCCGAUCCCAGCGCCGCCGACGCUAUCUUCCUCCCUUACUAUGGCGGCAUCGACGCCAUUCGGUACCUCUUUGGUCCUGAAGUCAAUUCCAGCUUCGAGCACGGCCUCGAAUUGUAUGAGUUUCUGCAGCAAGACUCACCGGAGGUGUGGAGCCGUAAUGGUGGCCACAAUCAUUUCACAGUUUUGGCACGCCCAGCCUGGGACUUCUCGCAAUCGCUUGACAAUGACCCGCCGAUAUGGGGCACUUCGUUUCUGGAAUUGCCGGAGUUUUAUAAUAUAACGGUGCUGACAUUGGAGUCCCGGCCAUGGCCGUGGCAGGAACAAGCGAUUCCUUAUCCGACGUCGUUUCACCCAGCAAGCCUCGUGCUGCUGGACUCGUGGGUGCAGCGCGUCCGCCGCUCACGGCGGACCACGCUGAUGCUGUUUGCUGGCGGAGGAGGGACGUCCUUGUUGCCGAAUAUUCGCCGGAGCAUUAGAAGUGAAUGCGACAAUAGUAGCAAUUCUGAAAAUAGUACUAGAAUCACAGGUGGGUACUCCAAAUUGUGUUACAUUGUGGAUUGCUCUAAUGGGAUAUGCGAGCACGACCCAAUUCGGUACAUGAAGCCAAUGUUGCAGGCCAGCUUUUGCCUGCAGCCUCCAGGUGACACACCCACCAGGAGGUCUACUUUUGAUGGAAUUCUUGCUGGUUGCAUACCAGUUUUCUUCGAGGACUUGACAGCUAAAUCUCAGUACGGGUGGCAUCUGCCCAAGGAGGAGUUUGGGGAGUUUUCAGUGUUUAUACCCAAGGAGGAUGUGGUGUUCGGUGGACAGAGGAUUUUGGAUGUGUUGAUGGGCAUACCACGAGCAGAAGUGAGGAGAAUGAGAGAAAAAGUUAUGGAGUUGAUGCCAAAAAUUCUCUACAGGAAGCAUGGGAGUUCACUGGGGUUGAGGACCAGAAAGGAUGCAUUUGAUAUUGCUGUUGAUGGUACUAUCGGUAGGAUCAAAUCUAGACUUGAAAAAGUUUCACUUCAAUGAUCUGAGAAUUCUGUUAUACUUCCUGCUGCUGUAAUUAUUGAAGUUGUUGCUAUUGUUUUUCCACUUCUUCCUAAGUUAUUCACUGAUAAGUUGCAGUGGAUAUGAGACAUUUUGUAGCUCAUUCAUAACAAAUCAUUUAAUUUUGCACCAGC